AUGAGACGUCUUUCGACCGUCUUCAAAAACAAAGACAAAGAGACCAAGCCUUCUCCAACGUCUGCUGAAGAUGGGGCGACUUCUUCAAGCGGUCCAGCGCGUCGUUUGACCCUGGGCGUUACUAAAAAAUCUACCAGUGGUACUGCAAGCUCCAACCCCCAAGCAUUUGAGGGUCCCGAUCAUAGUGUAAAACGCGCUGGUAUUGUUGGAACACUCGAGUCACUUGGAAAGGUCAUUAGCAUAGCGAAUCGACCUUUAAAUACUGAAACUGGAGAUGGCUCGUAUGAGACAAAGCAGGAGCAAACGAGUUUGUUGGAUGACCUCAAAGCAAUGCGGGUCAAGGAUUUGGAGACAUUGCAGAUGACUUUGAAGCAAGAAUUGGGAAGCUCAAAGUUGACAGACGACAAGAACAUGCUUAUGGAAAGAACUAUACAGUUGGUUGCAAACCUUCCUCAAACCUCCAAGACUCGAGUCAAGCUUACCGAAGUACUGGUUGAUGAACUAUGGGGCGCUUUGGAACAUCCACCAGCUUCAUUGCUGGGCGACAAGUACAAUUAUCGACAAGCCGAUGGAUCAUACAAUAAUAUCAGAUUUCCAGAUAUUGGAAAAGCAGGUACAGCAUACGCUAGAAGUGUUACUCCGAGAAUCGUUCAGCCAAACCCAAAACCAGAUCCAGGCCUUAUAUUCGACACCAUCAUGAGUCGAGAAAAUGGCGGAUUCAAACCUCAUCCAAACAACGUAUCCAGUAUGCUUUACUAUAUUGCAAGCAUUAUCAUUCACGACUGUUUUCGUACCUCACACGAAGAUUUUAAUAUCUCAUUGACUUCCUCUUACUUGGACCUUUCUCCUCUGUAUGGAAGCAACCAAGAGGAACAGAACAACAUGCGAACCUUCAAGAAUGGAGAGCUAAAGCCGGAUUGUUUCUCUGAAAAGAGACUACUAGGCUUUCCUCCCGGAGUCGGAUGCAUUCUUAUUAUGUUCAAUCGUUUUCACAACUAUGUCGUCAAACAAUUGGCGACAAUCAACGAGAAUGGACGCUUUACACCUCCCAAAGACAGUCUAGCUGACGAUAAAAAGCAAGCAGCAUGGAAGAAGUACGAUAACGAUCUUUUUCAGACUGGACGUCUCAUCACUUGUGGUCUCUAUGUCAAUAUCAUCCUACUCGAUUAUCUACGCUCAAUUGUUGGAUUAAAUCGGGUAAAUUCUACCUGGACUCUUGACCCUCGAAUCGAAAUGGAAAGAAACAGCAAGCCCGGCACUGUCGCUGGAGUUGGGAAUCAAUGUGCUGCUGAAUUCAAUCUGCAAGUCUUCCUACCGUCUGUCUUCCUUCAGCGCGAUGAGAAGUGGUCUGAGGAGUUGUACUUAAAAAUCUUCGGAAAGAGCUACAAGGAAGUCACCAUGCAGGAGCUUCUUAUUGGUUUGGGUAAGCUCGAAGCAAUGACCCCAGAGGAUCCUCUACAAAGAGACUUUGCUGGUAUGAAGAGAGGUAGUGACGGGAAGCUCAAUGAUGAUGAUCUUGUCAAGGAAUUGACCGCGAGUACUGAAGAUCUGGCUGGAUCAUCAGGAGCGAACAAUGUUCCUGGAGUCCUUCGUGCUGUUGAGAUACUUGGGAUGCAACAAGCUCGUGCAUGGAAGUGUGCGACUUUGAACGAAUUCAGAAAACACUUUGGCCUUAAACCACACGAAAAGUUCUCAGACAUCAAUUCGGAUCCAGCCGUCUAUGAAAAGUUAAAGGUCUUAUUUGAUGAGCCAGAUUUGGUCGAACUCUACGCCGGAUUGGUCUGCGAAGAUGCCAAGAAGCCUAUGGACCCAGGUGUUGGUAUUGCACCGACCUAUACAAUUAGCCGUAGCAUUCUUUCCGACGCAGUCACACUGGUUCGCGGAGACAGAUUCUACACUACCGAUUACCAUCCAGCAAAUCUCACGAACUGGGGUGCUAAUGAAGUCAAGUACGAUUUGAAUGUCAAUCAGGGCUGCGUUUUUUACAAAUUAUUCAUCCGAGCUUUCCCCAAUCAUUACUCGUUCAACAGCAUCUAUGCCCAUUAUCCUCUCACAAUACCGUCAGAAAAUAAGAAGAUCAUGGAGAAACUUGGUCGUACGAAUGACUACAGUUGGGACAAGCCAGCCAAGAUCCCCGAGAGAAAGAAUAUCGUCAGUUAUGAUGGAGUCAAGAGUGUUCUUACUAACGGAGAAGUAUUUGGUGUUGAUCCCUGGCGUAGAGGUUUCUCUUUCCUCAUGGGUAAACCAGGAGCCAAUUUUAUGUUAGCUGGUGAUGGUGAAUUCUUCGCCGAGCGACGCAAUCAAAUGAAGGAAUGUCUUUACCAAGAUAAAUGGCACGAGAGUGUCAAGAACUAUUACGAAAGCAUUGUUCCAAAGCUACUCAAGAAAUGGUCCUACAAUAUUGGCGGCACCACUAACCAGGUUGAUGUCAUUCGCGAUAUUGAUAAUUCCGCUCAUGUUCACUUUGCUUCGAACAUCUUUCAUCUCCCCCUUAAGAGUGAAGAAAACCCUAAAGGCGUAUAUACCGAGCAUGAACUGUACAUGGUAUUGGCCGUUAUUUUCAUCGUGAUCUUCUUCGGUGACGUUGAUCCGGCCAAAACCUUCUCAUUACGAGUCGCUGGCCUUCCAGUCGCACAAGAUCUCGGUUCACUAGUCGAGCAGAAUGUGAACUUUAUCUCAAAGACUAGUCUGGUAUCUGGUAUUGUCGAUACUUUCAUGGAGGAACAAAAUGCGCUCAAAGAUUAUGGUGUGCAUAUGGUGCGCCAUUUGUUGAAAACUGGCUUGGGUGUUCAUGAGACUGUAUGGUCACAAAUCUUGCCCACAGCAGGAGCGAUGGUGGCGAAUCAAGCACAAGUUUUCGGUCAAGUCAUCGACUACUAUCUUGGUGAUGGCAAAGAACAUCUUCCAGAGAUUAACCGUCUUGCGAAGCUCAAUACAGCCGAAGCAGAUGAUGUUCUAUUACAUUACCUCUUAGAAGGAAUCAGAAUGUAUGGCACAUUCGGCGCUUAUCGAACUUGUCAUCAAAACAUCACAAUCAACGAUGGACCGAGAAAAGUAGAAUGCAAACCUGGCGAUUCCAUCUUCACAAGCUUCGUGACACUCGCCCAAGACCCAAAAAUCUACCCAGACCCCAAGAAAGUCCGUCUCGAUCGCCCAGUCGAUUCCUAUCUCGUCUACGGCAUCGGUUCACACGCGUGUCUCGGCGCCGACGCAUCACGAGUAGCUCUCACAGCCAUGCUAAAAUGCAUAGGCCGAUUAGAUAACCUGAGAAGAGCACCGGGUCCUCAGGGCGAAAUGAAGAAGAUCCCUAGAGAAGGUGGUUUCUAUGUUUAUAUGGAUAAAAUGAUGGCCUCGGAAUUUCCUUUCCCAACUACUAUGAAAAUUAAUUGGGAUGGCGGCUUGAAUGAACCGGUGGUCGUCGCGGCCGGAAAGGGUAAGAAUACUUGA